CCUCGCAAACUCGGGGCUCCGGGCUUGACAGCAGAAUCGCAGGAGACUGGCUCCACCGAAGGAAGAUGAAUUGGUCAAAGCCGUGAAACCGGGUUUCUUGUUGCUAGUGGGAUCCAGAAAUGGGUUACCGAAGGAGUCUGAGUCUGCUUCCCUUACUGCUGCUCUCCUUUUCCUGCAGUGCCAGCGCUCGCCGCAGCCUGAAGACCAACCUGUGCAAGUGGUGCGACUCCACGUCUCCUGCCUGCGAGGAGAAGGUGUGCUACAGCAACUGCAACCUCAACUCCUACUGUGAGGACCCCUACGAGAUCUGUGUGGCCAUAUGGAGACAGGACAAUGAGAGCAUCAGGAUCAGCACACUCUGCCACAACCCCCACCGCCCCAUCGAGAACCUCAUGGUCCCCAACUACAACACCUCUCGCUGCAUCAUGGCCCCCCAGCCCAGCGAGGACGGGGUCAUGUACAUCUGCGGCUGCGUGGAUGAGCAGGAGUGCAACGACAAACUCAUCUUUGAAAACCACACCAACGGCUACUCCAUGCUGCAGAGCAAAGAGGUGAUCCCGGUGGCUGCCAUCAGCCUCCUGCCCCCGCUGCUGGUGGCGGUGAUGAUCACGGUGAUAUUUUACCUCUGCCGCACGCAGAAGCGGCGCAAGAGAGCCAAGGCGUGGGGUGGGAAACCGGGACAGCCCCCGGCGCUGCCGGAGCCAGGGAGGGCGACGGAGCGGGAGGAGAAGUUGUCCGUGCUGAUGGAUGAGAGCCCGGCCGGCGCCAGCCCCAGCUGCACCAGCAGCCGCCCCACGGAGCUGCUCCCCAUCGAGCUGGACGAGAUGGUGGGCAAAGGGCAGUUCGCGGAGGUGUGGAGGGCCAAGCUGAGCCACAGCCGCUCGGGGCAGUACGAGACGGUGGCCGUGAAGAUCUUCCCCUGCGAGGAGUACUCCUCCUGGAAGAACGAGAGCCAGAUCUUCACCGACACCAGCCUCAAGCACGACAGCGUCCUGCAGUUCCUCACUGCCGAGGACCGGGGCACAGGGCCCCGCCGGGAGUACUGGCUCAUCACCGCCUACCACAGCCGGGGCAACCUCAAGGACUACCUGUCCCGCCACGUCCUGAGCUACCGGGACAUCAAGAGCACAAAUGUCCUGGUGAAGAACGAGCAGGAGUGUGUGCUCUGCGACUUCGGCAUCGCCAUACGCCUCGACCCUUCCCUCACAGUGGACGACUUUGCCAACAGCGGGCAGGUAGGCACUGCCAGGUACAUGGCCCCAGAGGUCCUGGAGUCCAGGGUGAACCUGGAAGACCUGGAGUCUUUCAAGCAGAUGGAUGUCUACUCUAUGGCCCUUGUUUUGUGGGAAAUGGCCUCCAGAUGUGAAGUGGUAGGAGAGGUAAAGAAUUAUGAGCUGCCUUUUGGGUCGAAAGUCCAGGAGCAGCCCUGUGUGGACACCAUGAGGGACAUUGUGCUGCAUGGCAGAGGCCGACCCGAGAUCCCAAGCAGCUGGCUGGUGCAUCAGGGGAUGCGCUUUCUGUGCGACACCAUCACGGAGUGCUGGGACCACGACCCCGAGGCUCGGCUCACUGCCCACUGCGUGGCCGAGCGCUUCAACCUGAUGGCACAGAUGGACUGCGACGACAUCCUCAACAACAACACGGACAACGAGGCCAGCAAAACAGCUGCUCCAGGUGGGGAGCACCAGGACAGCGAUGGGAGCACGAAUAUGCAGUGACACAGCAGGCAAAAACCCUCAUAAUGAGGAACAAGAGGAUGAGGCAGAAGCAUUUAGCCCAUGAGGGGAAAAAGAAUCACCUCGCUGUGUUUUUCAAAAUGGAACUAAGAUCUAGUACAUAACUUAUUUAUAAGAUCUGUUUCCUCCCACAGAUACAGUGACCUGUGGAAUCAAUACUUUGGUUACAGUGCAACAUUAUAUAUGAACUGAUUUUGUACUUACUUUAAAUGUAUAAUGAUGCCAAAGCAUUCUUUUUAUUAUUUUUUAAAAUAAUAAUGUUUAAUCUUUUAUUAAUAAGCACCUGAA